AUGUACUCUUUGUAUCCUUCCUUCCUUCCGUAUUUCCUUCCUCCCAUUUCUCUUUAUUUUCUUCAUUCUGUCAUUCAUUUUAUUUUUAUUUACACCGUCCUCCCUUCCUGCCCUCUGUACCUUUAUUUACUCUUUCCUUCCUUCCUUCCUUCCUUCCUUCCUUCCUUCCUUCCAUUUCUCUUUAUUUCAUUCAUUCUCUCAUUCAAUUCUUUUUAUUUACACCGUCCUUUCUUCCUGCCCUCUGUAACUUUAUUAACUCUUUCUAUCCUUUUUCCUUCUUCCCUUCCUUUCUCCCUCCCUGCCUCCCUUCCAUCCUUCCUUCAUUCUUUCCUUCCUUUCUCCCUCCCUGCCUCCCUUCCAUCCUUCCUUCCUUCCUUCCUUCCUUCCUUCCUUCCUUCCUUCCUUCCUUCCUUUCUCCCUCCCUGCCUCCCUUCCAUCCUUCCUUCCUUCCUUCCUUCCUUCUUCCCUUCCUUCCUUCUUCCCUUCCUUUCUCCCUCCCUGCCUCCCUUCCUUCCUUCCUUCCUUUCUCCCUCCCUGCCUCCCUUCCAUCCUUCCUUCCUUCCAUCCUUCCUUCCUUCCUUCUUCUUCCUUCCUUUCUCCCUCCCUGCCUCCCUUCCAUCCUUCCUUCCUUCCUUCCUUCCUUCUUCCCCUUCCUUUCCCCUCCCUUUCUCCCUUCCAUCCUUCCUUCCUUCCUUCCUUCCUUCCUUCCUUCCUUCCUUUCUCCCUCCCUUUUCCUUCCAUCCUUCCUUCCUUCCUUCCUUCCUUCCUUCCUUCCUCCCCUCCCUGCCUCCUUCCAUCCUUUCCUUCCUUCCUUCCUUCCUUCCUUCCCUCCUUCCUUCCUUCCUUCCUUCCUUCCUUUCUUCUUCCUUCCUUUCUUCCUCCCCUGCCUCCUUCCAUCCUUCCUUCCUUCUUUCCUUCCUUUCUUUCUCCUCCCUGCCUCCCUUCCAUCCUUCCUUCCUUCCUUCCUUCCUUCCUUCCUUCCUUUCUCCCUCCCUUCCUCCCUUCCAUCCUUCCUUCCUUCCUUCCUUCUUUCUUUCUUUCCCCCUCCCUUCUCCCUCCAUCCUUCCUUCCUUCCUUCCUUCCUUCCUUCCUUCCUUCCUUCUUUCCUUCCUUUCUCCCUCCCUGCCUCCUUCCAUCCUUCCCUUCCUUCCUUCUUCCCUUUCUUUCUCCCUCCCUGCUUCCCUUCCUUCCUUCCUUCCUUCCUUCCUUCCUUCCUUCCUUCCCCUUCCUUCCUUCCUUUCUCCCUCCCUGCCUCCCUUCCAUCCUUCCUUCCUUCCUUCCUUCCUUCCUUCCUUCCUUCCUUCCUUCCUUCUUCCCUUCCUUUCUCCCUCCCUGCCUCCCUUCCAUCCUUCCUUCCUUCCUUCCUUCCUUCUUUCCUUCCUUUCUCCCUCCCUGCCUCCCUUCCAUCCUUCCUUCCUUCCUUCCUUCCUUCCUUCUUUCCUUCCUUUCUCCCUCCCUGCCUCCCUUCCUUCCUUCCUUCCUUCCUUCCUUCCUUCCUUCUUUCCUUCCUUUCCCCUCCCUUCCUCCCCUUCCAUCCUUCCUUCCUUCCUUCCUUCCUUCCUUCCUUCCUUCUUUCUUUCCUUCCUUUCUCCCUCCCUGCCUCCCUUCCUUCCUUCCUUCCUUCCUUCCUUCCUUCCUUUUCUCUUUAUUUCAUUCACUCUCUCAUUCAUUUCAUUCUAUUUACACCGUCCAUCCUUCUUCCUCUCUCUACUUUUAUUUACUUUUUUAUCCUUUCUUCCUUCAAUUUCUCUUUAUUUCCUUUAUUCUUUCAUUCAUUUCCUCUUUAGUUCCAUCUUUUCUCGAUUCCUUCCUUUCCUUCCCGUUCAGCGUAAUGAUUCCUUCAUUUCUCGCCCGCCUCCGAAACCUAAAUAA